CCGGUGGGCUCGGAAGCUGCCGCACUUCCUGGAGGCGGGCUGCUCUGAUUGGGGGCGGGAGAGCCUGAGUCGUAGGAGAGUGCGGGCCCCGGCGUCCUGCUGUCCCCGCCCCCUCCAGGUCCCGUGUCAGUGCUCCGACCCUGCGGCUCUGGACAGCGGCUGGGGAAGACAGCUCCAGAAUGGGAAUGUGGCUCUUGGGUUUGGUGGUCUGUUUGGUCCUUGGACCCCUGCAUUCUGAGGCAUCCAGAGGAAAGCCGGCACCUGUGGAUCCUGAAAUAAAUAUGAAUGUGAGUGAAAUUAUCUCUCACUGGGGAUAUCCUAGUGAGGAGCACUUUGUCGUGACAGCAGAUGGAUAUAUUCUGUGCCUUAACCGAAUUCCUCAUGGGAGGAAGAGCCACUCUGACAAAGGUCCCAAACCAGUUGUGUUCCUGCAGCAUGGCUUGCUGGCAGAUUCCAGUAACUGGGUUGUAAACCUGCCCAAGAACAGCCUGGGCUUCAUCCUGGCAGAUGCUGGUUUUGACGUGUGGAUGGGAAACAGCAGAGGAAACACCUGGUCUCGGAAACACAAGACUCUUUCAAUUUCUCAGGAAGAAUACUGGGCCUUCAGUUACGAUGAGAUGGCAAAUUAUGACCUACCAGCUUCAGUUAACUUCAUUCUGAAUAAAACUGGCCAAGAACAAGUGUAUUAUGUGGGUCAUUCUCAAGGUACCACAAUAGGUUUUAUAGCAUUUUCACGGAUCCCCGAGCUGGCCAAGAAGGUUAAAAUGUUUUUUGCCUUGGCUCCUGUGGUUUCAGUUCAGUUCGCUACUAGCCCUCUAGUUAAAUUAGGACAAAUUCCAGACCAUCUCAUCAAGGACUUAUUUGGGGUCAAAGAAUUUCUUCCCCAGAGUGCAUUUUUGAAGUGGCUGAGUACACAUGUUUGCGCUCAUGUCAUCCUGAAGGAGCUCUGUGGAAACAUCGUUUUUGUUCUGUGUGGAUUUAAUGAGAGAAAUUUAAAUAUGUCUAGAGUGGCUGUGUAUACAGCACACUCUCCUGCUGGAACUUCUGUGCAGGACAUGUUACACUGGAGCCAGGUUGUUAAAUUUAAAAAGUUUCAAGCCUUUGACUGGGGAAGCAGUGCCAAGAAUUACUUUCAUUACAACCAGAGUCACCCUCCCCUUUACAACGUGAAAGACAUGCUCGUUCGGACUGCUGUCUGGAGUGGGGGACGGGACUGGCUCGCGGACGUCCAAGACGUCAGUGUCUUACUGACCCAGAUCCCCAACCUGGUGUACCACAAGCACAUCCAUAAGUGGGAGCAUCUUGACUUCAUCUGGGGCUUGGAUGCCCCACAGCAACUCUAUGAUGAAAUGAUAAAUCUAAUGAGGAAAUAUCAGUGAGAGCCAGGCUGGAGACGUUCACUGUCAGGUCGUUUGUCAAAACUUGUCUGCUUAAUGUCUCUAAAAUACUUAUGUUUCUUUCUCAGGCCUUUUGUAUUUUUAGAUCCAAAAAAUGAUACCUUUGAAGAUGCCCCGUUCUCUCCAGUUAGAACUAGAAAUGCUUUUGAAUCGUGGCCAAAUAUGAAGCCGAUGCUUCAACCAGUCUUUCAGAAAUGUCACUGACUUGUGAAAAGUCGUGACUACUCUGUUUAUCCUUAUAAUUUAGACCAUACAGUAUUGCUUUUAACCACCGACACAGGACACAUUGGCACGUGUCGGGAUUUUUAAGCUACUGUCAUUGAUGGAUAAUCUGACACUGACUUGAAGGGUACUCAUUGUCUAAGUACCCAGUUCUUAUCCUUUUGCUUUAAAGGGCUCUCGACUGAACAGACUUGUAUUUAGGGGUCCAAAGGAAACCUUCACAUGUUCUCAUGCCAUAGGUAGAGUCCAAUCCAGUGACACCCCAGCCGUGCCAGUUAGAAUGACCCUCUGAUGAAUCUUAUCAAACCUCACUGGGAGAGCCACUAUUUCACAAAUGUUUAAAUUGCUCAGACCAAGCAAAGUAAUUUGUUGGAGUUUUCAAAAAUAAAUUACAUUCAUCAAUGACAACAAGAACAACCACAUUUUAAAUAACUUGAAGAUGGAUGCAUUCAUCCCUCUGUAUUCCUGAACUCUUAACUGGAUGGCAGACCUUGAAUACACUUGUUUGAGAAGAAAAGUCCUGUGGAGAGAUGACACCACUAUUUUUCCUGAAAUUAAUGUACUCUCUACACCCCCUCCCCUUCCUGCUUCGGCUCAGAGGCCCUUUGUGAAGCUGAGACCACUGCGCCACUGAGGAGUAGCAUCCUAGUUCAUUUUCACACAAAAGAAAUGCUGAUGAAAGCUCAGGGAUUCAUUUUGGGUUUUUUUUUCUCGUGUUUGUGUCCAAAUUUUAAUACUUCUGAUUUGCAUCUCUGUGUCAGGAAGCCCAUGUUUGCCUGCUUUUCUUGCAGCCCUGUUUCCUCAUAGUGCUGUCAGAGCGACAGUGACAGUUGCUACGUUUUUUGUUGUUGUCGUUGUUGUUUUUGAUAGAGUUGCUUUGCAGUGAUGAACAAUACUUGGUUAAUUUGUGCAGACAGUGUAAUCUUGUGCAGACCUUUUAACAUUUGAAAGGUCUCAUUUAAACUUUUCAAUAAAGUUCAGUCUCCUAGA